GCCCAGCAUUCCUACAUCUCACACGACUCGGGCACACUACCAAGACCGCUCCAAGAUGGCGCCCAAGUCCCUAGUGUGCCUGUUGCUGAUGGCCGCUCUGCUCCUCUCCACUUCGGCCAACCCUGUAGACAUCGGCACGUGCAUACGCAACUGUGCACAGUGCAAGAAGAUGUUCGGAGUCUACUUCGAGGGCCAGCUUUGCGCGGACGCUUGUGUCAAGUUCAAGGGUAAACUGGUACCGGACUGUGAGGACGUCGCAUCCAUCGCUCCCUUCCUUAACAAGUUUGAGUGAGAUGAGGAAACCCGCCCAACCUUCAGAUGCUUGAGAGCUUAGUCUUUGUGGAUGUCUGAGUCGUUUUCGUUCCCACGCUUCGCUGAGUUGUCCACUGUCUUUAGUAUUUCGUGACACAUUGUGUGAAAGAGAGAGGAGAAGGUGAAUCUUAACAUGUUUUGCUGUUCAAAUCAGCCUUUGAUAUCAUUUGGGAGUACUCUACGCAAAGAAUGGAUUGGGUUCCUUACAAUUGCAGGAACCAAAUGAAGGAAAUCAGACAAUCUGAUUAAACAUGUCCUUCCCUGUGAGUAUUGAUUGACAAACCUUCAGUUUGUUUAUUGAUCGGUACAACUUUUAUUAUCAUUUAGGCAGUUUGUGAAGAUUCCUUUCAAAUUCCUUUCGUAUACUUUGCAAUUCUCUCUAACGUUUAGAAAUUCUGCAUCUAGAGUAAACAAACAAAAUUGUACAAUUACGUUCGAGAGAGUGUUGUCAAGGACCACGAAUUCCGAUAUUUUUGUCUAUGUAGAUAUAGUAGAAAUGUAAUUUUACCAAGACGUAAAUGUAAAAAUGGCAACACUGCUUGGGUGCCAUAUCGCGAAAAGAUCUUCGAAGGAUGAGAACCUUGGGGGUUUUAGUAUGUCUUACUAUAGGUACGUGCUUAGUAGUCUAAAAAGGAAACAGAUUUGUAAAUAUCCUAAAACUGAUGUAAUAUUUACAUUUAUUUAUUUAUUUAUUUUAUUAGCUUCUUUUCCUCCACAAAGAUGUACAAUGGAAAGAUAUACCUAAUCUAUGAAAUUUUUGUGUAAAAAUGUUUAAGUUAUACCAAAUGUGGCAUAUUAUUAUAAAAAAUGUUAUGCUGCAAGACUGAUAAAAAUCAUGAAAUGUUUCUCAUUAGUUUUAAAUUAUUUAUAUAAUUCCAUUUAACUGUGAAUUUUGUGUGUUGUAUAUUGUUUUAAAAUUAUUGUAAUAAUAUUUAAUAUACUUUUGUCCAAUAUGUGGUUUCUUGUAGACAAAAAUUCAAAAACAGUGAAUGUUAAAAUACUGUAAAUGUCGUGUUAAGAAGUAAAAAUGAGACCAAACCGAUUAUGAAAAAUUUAUUUAUAACGCAAAAUAGGCCAUGGCAUAAUUCUUUUUUAUUACAAUCAUUUAAAUAAAACUAUUCAUAAUCAUUAAUGAUACAUCUACUAUAGUCAAUUACUUUUCAUGUGCAAUAAAUGAAUAAAUGUGUAAAAGUACCAUACCUAAAUGAUCUGGUAAUCUUUUUAUGGGGUUGUAUGGGGUUACAUCACCCAUAUAUCAGGGUAUACAUUAACCCCAUAUGCCUAACUUUUACCCUUAUCAUACCCAUCUCAGCCUAUUAUUUUCUUAUUUAUUUCCCACAGGCCCACAGGACAAUAAUUAUUUUAACUAGGGUUCACGCUUUAAACGAGCAUUCAUUUUGCCUUAAUGUACCAACUUUGUGACAGUAAACCUAACUGUUAUUGUGUA